AUUAGUUACAUUACAUUAACCAUACACACACAAGAAUUGUAGUAGGAUAAUGGCCACAGCAGCUUGUGUGUUCAGUAUUAAGAGUAUAUGAAUGAUUUACCUAAUGUAAAGGACGUUUGUUCUAUUGCACCUGGCUGUUUUAAAGUACGAGUAUUACAUUAAGUGGUGCUGAGGCGAAGGUACGUCUUCAGCUCAGACAGCAGAACCAUACAGAAAUAACACAAAGCACCAGCACGGCAACACGGAGAGAGAUUACGGUGUUAGCCAGGCCUCGACGCCCGCAAUUGCACCCGGCUACACACGGAGGCCAUCAGUGCAACCGCACGGAUUUCCUCUGUCACCAAAUGGCGCCGCACCACUCAGCUGUUUGUUGUUUCUUCCCCCAAAACUGAAAUUAAAACGGGAUAUGUGGAGAAACCCUCUCAUCUUGCCCCAAUGGAGGAAUCCGAAGUUGAAACGGUUGAGAUUAAAGAGGAAGUCCUUGAUCCAGAGUAUACAGAAUCUCCAUCCAUUGAGGAUGAGGAGGGGUCCCCAUGUCAGGGCUGCAGCCUGGGCCAGGAGGACCUUUUCGAACCAGAGUCAGCCUGUGUUAAGGGUGAUUUGGAAAACCCUCAAGCCGUGUUACAAAGACACAUGUCUGCGAACACCAGCAACACAGUAGAUCUGGAGCAAGAAUCUGGUCAAUACCCCCACUGUGGCAUCUCCUGCAGUGGACAGCAGGCACUUGAAAAGCACAUGAUGCUGAAACACCAGUGCGACUCACUGAAACAAGGGAGAACAGACAAAACUAGAAACCCGCUAAUACAAUGCAAAGUAGACGUGGCAUUGCCCAUUGUGAGCACUACACUGCUGCCUUCUGUCUGUGUUGGCCAGUCCCAGUCAAUGGAGAAUUUCCAGGCUUUCCAUCACUGUCCGGAUUGCCGCAAGAGCUUCAUCUGCCUAGACAGCUUCGAAGAACACCAGAGGAUGCUGCGCGAGCACAGUCAGAGCUUUAGUGAGGUCACCGACAUGGGAGAGACCAGGUAUCACUGUAUUAAAUGUGCCAAGAGUUUCAAACACAAAGGAGCUCUUAAAGUCCACCAUCGCAUUCACACAGGCACCACCCCGUAUGCCUGCACUCCAUGUGGGAAGCGUUUCAGUCAGUUUGGGUCCUUGAAACUGCAUCGGAAAAGUCAUGCAAGGGCGGCUCCCUAUCGCUGUACAGGGUGUGGAAAGAGUUUCAGACAGUCACGGACUCUUAAGAAACAUCAGGAGAUUCACGCAGUGGAAUCGUGCCACCACUGUUCGGAGUGUGGGAAGAGUUUCAGGGGUCUGAAGAGCCUCCACGACCAUGAACGUGUCCACGCAGGAGGCACCCUCUAUAUCUGUACUGAGUGCGGCAAGAGUUUCAGGCAAUCUGGGAACCUGCAGAGACACCAGCGAAUCCACACGGGCGAAACGCCAUAUCACUGCACUGAGUGCGAGAAGAGUUUCAGUCAGCUGGGCUCUCUCAAGCUGCACCAGCGAAGUCACACUGGAGAGACGCCUUAUCGGUGCAGCUUCUGUGAGAAGAGCUUUAGUCAGCUGGAGAAUCUAAAGAGGCACCAACGCACCCACACAGGCGAGACCCCGUACCACUGCACGGAGUGUGGCAAGAGCUUCAGCCAGCUGGGCAACCUCAAAGCGCAUCUGAGGAUCCACACAGGAGAAACUCCGUUCCGAUGCCCCGAGUGUGGCAAGAGCUUCAAGAACAAGGGGAACCUCAAGGCACACCAGCGUAUUCACACUGGAGAGACCCCCUUUCACUGCUCUGAGUGUGGCAAGAAUUUCGGAUGGUUGGCUGCCUUGAAAACCCAUCAGAGAACCCACACUGGAGAGAGGCCGUAUCACUGUGCUGCCUGCGGAGAGAGCUUCACAUACUCCUACAAGCUGAAGACUCACUCGUGCCAGGUUUGAGAGUGGACCUGAUGAGCACCUAAAUCUCGUUCUUUUAAUAUCACAUGGAAUUUUGCACCAGCCCUGGGUUGCAAAACCUUGCUUGUUUUUGGUAUGUUAUAAAAAUGACCAGGUGACCAGUUCAACUAAUUAAACAAUCAAAUCCCUGAACCAGUCGCACUUAUAGGAGUUGUAUAUAAAAUUACAAUUUAUUUAGCAUCUAAUUCCUGAUCAUUUAAAUAUACCUGUACUUAUUUCAAGGUAGUUCUGAAACCCUGGGUGCAGGAUUAGUGCAAGUUUUAAGCCCUGUCACAAUGUUCACAUGUUACUUAUUUUAAUAAGUGAGGUGAAUGUAUCUUUAAAUAUCUCUACAAGUCCAGACAGACCAUCACUGUGAGUGUAUGAAGUCUGUUUCACAAAUGUUGCCUUCAGAGUGUUAAAACAAAUGUAGGAGUGGAACAAUUUAUUUUUACUGGAAAAAUUAGAUUGAAUCCCAGAAUACAGCAUUGUACCAAGAAGAUAAUAUCUAAAAUAUCUCACCUGGAACCAAAGUAGGUCUUCAGUAUGAUAGUUGGAAGUCUGUGCCAACCAAGGCCACUGGCACAUUUAGCACUUGUUUAAAUGAAAAACCUUCCUAUGCUUUGCAUUAAAAAACUCCCAAGAAAAAAAAAAAAAAAAAUUAAAUAAAACUGCAUGAAAGCCAUUAAAAUGCAUUUCUGGCACUCAGUUCCACAGGGACAGUGACAACAUUGUUUUAAGAAUGAUGUUUUGUAAAUAGCACAAACUAAAGAGUCUCCAAGGCAAACCAAAUAAAUGUCAGAACUUUGGAAAACCUUUUAUUUAUUUUUUUCCUUUUUGAAGUUGAAGCCUUCUCCCCCAAAAAUCAAUAUAGCAAUGCCCCAUCCCAGCAGUUGUUAUUCAGCACUGUAAACAGGGGUUUUGUUACCUGCUAUGUCAGUUGUGGGUGUCUGCUGAAUGACCAGAGAGAGAGAGAGGGAUGCAAUUCAAAACGGCACACAGACUGCCUGCCACCAGGAAACCAGCUAUGGUAACCCUAGUGCAGGAGGACAUAUACAAACACGGUGUAAUAAAUAGAAAAAAAACUUUAAACAAAAUAGUGGGGAAAAACACAGCUAGAAAAUAAAAGUUCACCACACAGUUGGCUUUAGCGCUGCUCCCACUAAAACAGUGAAAUUAAAUCCCCUAAGCUUUUCUCUAUUCUAAUAACUAGAACUGGUUAAACACACUGGUCACAUAUUUUGUUUAUUCACCCUGGAUGUACACACAGAUGUGAGGCUUCAAAGCUUGAUGGAACAAAAGAACAAAACUGUCUUUCCAGCUCCUUUUUAAACUAUGUGCCUGGGGCUUAAUUGACCAUCAGUCAAUCAAGUUCCAGCCACAUUCCACACAUGGAUUUGGCAGGAAUGGGAUUUAAGUCACUGCCAAACUUGAAUUUAAAAUAUUUUAAAUUUAUUUACAAGAGAGUUGCCAGGGGUGGAAUUCUAUCAUCCAGCCCUGCCAUAUCUAGCACACUUAUUGACAAUAUUUAAACUUUAAUAGGCUUGCUACUAUUUAUUUAUUUUUUGCCAGAUUGACAAUUGACGUUUAUUUUAGAAAGAAUUUACC